AUGUUAAAGGACACCAGAACUUUUGCACAAGCAAUGUUUGAAGCAUACGUAUACAUGCAUUAUUUUACUACUUUGUCUUUGCUGCCAUCAGGCUUCACCAUGCUCCGAGCCUUUAGGCACACAAACGGUAGGUGUGCGUUCCACCAGGCUAAGUGUUGGCAUCAUCGUAAGUCUGUGCUGGCAAUCAGGAGAGAAGAUGUUAAUGCCUGGGAAAGAAGAGCACCUCUAGCACCAAAGCAUGUUAAGGAAUUGACACAGAUGGGAUACAAGGUCUUGGUGCAGCCGUCAAACCGGAGAGCCAUCCAUGAAAAGGAUUAUGUCAAAGCAGGUGGCAUUAUUCAAGAAGAUAUUUCUGAGGCUUCUCUGAUAGUAGGUGUGAAGAGACCUCCAGAGGACAAAUUAAUCCCUAAAAAGAACUAUGCCUUCUUCUCUCACACUAUUAAAGCCCAAGAGGCAAACAUGCCCCUUUUGGAUGAGAUUCUGAGACAGGAAAUUCGACUGUUUGACUAUGAAAAAAUGGUUGAUCAUAAAGGAAUGCGAGUUGUGGCCUUUGGAAAGUGGGCUGGUGUAGCAGGAAUGAUCAACAUUCUACAUGGAUUGGGAUUACGAUUUUUAGCCCUGGGACAUCACACUCCCUUCAUGCACAUUGGGAUGGCACAUAACUACAGGAAUAGCAGUCAGGCUGUCCAGGCAGUACGGGAUGCUGGGUAUGAAAUUUCACUGGGAUUGAUGCCAAAGUCAAUUGGGCCCUUAACAUUUGUGUUCACAGGCACUGGUAAUGUUUCCAAGGGUGCUCAAGAAAUGUUCAAUGCCCUCCCAUGUGAGUUUGUGGAACCACAUGAGUUAAAGGAAGUUUCCAGAUCUGGAGACCUCAGAAAAGUCUAUGGGACAGUGUUAAGUCGUCACCAUCACCUUGUAAGGAAACGUGAUGGACUGUAUGAUCCAGUAGACUAUGAUAAACAUCCAGAACUCUACACUUCUCGCUUUAACACUGAUGUGAGCAUCUUUUGUUCUUUUAUGGAAGGUGUUCCACAUCGAUGGGAUGCUCAGAAGUUGAUGGUGCCAGUUAGAUCUGCUGCUGGUGCAACAGAGGGCUGUCCUGAGUUACCACACAAACUUCUGGCAAUAUGUGACAUUUCAGCAGACACUGGAGGAUCUAUAGAAUUUAUGACGGAGUGUACAACAAUUGACAGUCCAUUUUGUAUGUAUGAUGCUGACCAGCAUAUUAUUCAUGACAGUGUUGAAGGCUCUGGGAUUCUGAUGUGUUCCAUUGACAAUCUGCCAGCACAGCUUCCUAUAGAAGCAACAGAGUACUUUGGCGAUAUGCUUUUCCCAUAUAUUGAAGAGAUGCUGUUAUCAGAAGGCUCAGAACCUCUUGAAAGCCAGAAUUACUCACCUGUUGUUCGAGAUGCAGUGAUUGCAUCCAAUGGCUCACUGACACCUAAGUAUAAAUAUAUCCAGAAAUUGAGGGAGAGCAGGGAAUACGCUCAGUCGCUAAAGAUGGGUAAUAAGAAGAGGAUUUUAUUGCUUGGAUCUGGCUAUGUUUCUGGCCCUGUGCUUGAAUAUCUCACUAGAGAUUCCAACAUUGACAUCACAGUUGCAUCUGUGAUGAAAGAACAACUUGAACAACUGACGAAAAAAUACAGCAACAUUACUUCCGUUCAUAUGGAUGUAAUCAAGCAUGAGGAAAAGCUGUCUUCUUUGGUGAAGAGACAUGACCUUGUGAUCAGUUUGCUGCCUUAUUCAGCACAUCCUUUGGUUGCUAAGAAAUGUAUUGACAACAAAGUGAACCUGGUAACAGCCAGCUACUUAACACCAGCUAUGAAAGAACUCCAGGAGAGUGUAGAAGCUGCUGGUAUUACAGUUAUCAGCGAAAUGGGUUUGGAUCCUGGUCUUGACCAUAUGUUGGCAAUGGAAUGUAUUGACAAGGCAAAAGAAGUUGGUGCUACGGUUGUAUCCUACACUUCAUUCUGCGGUGGCCUACCGGCUCCAGAGCACUCUGACAAUCCUCUGAGAUACAAGUUCAGCUGGAGCCCACAAGGAGUGUUGCUGAAUACAGUUCAGUCUGCUACGUAUUUAAAAAAUGGAGAGAUUGUCAAUAUUCCAGCGGGAGGAGCGUUACUUGAUUCUGUUACUCCAAUGGAUUUUUUCCCAGGAUUAAAUCUCGAAGGUUUUCCUAACAGAGACAGUACAAAAUAUGCUGAGCCAUAUGGUAUUCAGACAGCUCACACUUUGUUGAGAGGCACCUUAAGAUACAAAGGAUACUCUAAAACUAUGGGAGGCUUUAUAAAACUAGGAUUAAUUAACCCAGAUCCUUAUCCUUUGCUAAACUCAACCACGCCACCUCUAACCUGGAAAGAGCUUAUGAGCAAACUGCUUGGAAUUAAGCCACCUGCUGAGUACCAUGUUCUUAAAGAAGCUGUAUUUAGCAAACUGGAAAAAGACAAAAGUCAGCUGGAGGCAGUAGAAUGGCUUGGUUUAUUGGGAGAUGAACCAGUUCCAGCAGCAGAUUCCAUUGUGGGGGCUCUUGCAAAGCACAUGGAGAUGAAGCUGCCCUUUGGCACUGGGGAGAGGGAUAUGAUUGUUAUGAGAAAUGAAAUAGGUCUCAGACAUCCUUCUGGUCAUUUGGAAGACAAAUUUAUCGAUCUGGUUGUCUAUGGUGAUAACAAAGGAUAUUCUGCAAUGGCUAAAACAGUAGGAUACCCCACAGCUAUUGCUGCUAAGAUGGUUCUAGAUGGUGAAAUAGAUGCCAAAGGCAUGGUUAUACCAUUGACGAAGAACGUUUACGGACCAAUACUUGAACGUGUUCGGGCAGAAGGCAUUGUGUACAGUACUCACAGUGUUAUCAAACAGUAA